CAGAGAGAGAAAACAACACGCGAGAGAGAGAGAGUGAGAGCGAGGCCGCCUCCGUCUCCACUUCCGUCGCUUUCUCGCCGCCCAAUCCCCGCGUAAACCGCCAGAACCCCGAUGCCCUUAUCCGCCCUCUGAUCGAGAUUGCUUGGCUCUCGGCGCCGCCAAAUCCCUCCCGAUGGCAUUGCAGAUUGGCGGCGGCGGCGGCGGGUUCCGGAGCCUGAUGCGCCGGAAGCCGGUCGACUCCGACAGGGCCCGCGCCGGGGGGCAGCAGCUCGCCAAGGAGCUCAACAUCCUCGAGCUGGUCGCGAUCGGGGUUGGUUCGACAAUUGGAGCUGGAGUAUAUGUUCUUGUGGGAACAGUUGCCAGGGAGCAUGCUGGUCCAGCAUUGGCAGUUUCAUUUCUGAUAGCUGGAAUAGCUGCUGCACUUUCAGCAUUCUGUUAUGCCGAGCUUGCUAGUCGUUGCCCCUCUGCUGGAAGCGCCUAUCAUUAUUCAUAUAUCUGCAUUGGCGAAGGUGUUGCCUGGCUGAUUGGCUGGUCUUUGGUGCUGGAAUAUACUCUUGGCGGAUCUGCUGUUGCUCGUGGCAUAUCCCCCAAUUUAGCCUUGUUUUUUGGAGGACCAGAUAGCUUGCCAUGGAUAUUAGCACGGCAUCAACUUCCAUGGUUUGACGUUAUUGUUGAUCCCUGUGCUGCUGCUCUUGUUCUUGCUGUCACUGCUUUAUUAUGCCUAGGGAUAAAAGAGAGCUCAUUUGUACAAGCAAUUGUGACGAUUAUGAAUGCUUGUGUGAUGCUAUUUGUGAUCGUAGCUGGUUGUUAUAUUGGCUUCCAGAUUGGAUGGGAGGGCUAUAAGGUUACUGACGGGUAUUUUCCAUACGGAGUAAAUGGAGUGCUUGCUGGAUCAGCAACUGUUUUCUUUGCAUACAUAGGCUUUGACACAGUAGCGAGUACUGCCGAGGAGGUGAAGAACCCACAACGAGAUCUACCUCUGGGAAUAGGAGCAGCAUUGUCUAUUUGCUGUUUCUUGUACAUGAUGGUCGCUGUUGUUAUUGUUGGGAUUGUACCGUAUUUUGCUAUGGACCCAGAUACACCUAUUUCAUCCGCCUUUGCAAAACAUGGAAUGCAGUGGGCAAUGUAUGUUGUGACAACUGGUGCUGUUCUUGCACUGUGUUCAACCUUGAUGGGCUCACUUCUUCCACAGCCUAGAAUACUGAUGACCAUGGCAAGAGAUGGACUGCUGCCAUCUUUCUUCUCUGAUGUGAACAAGCACACACAAGUACCUGUCAAGGGCACAAUUGUGGCUGGUAUCUGUGCUGCUGCUCUGGCCUUCUUCAUGGAUGUUUCUCAGUUGGCAGGAAUGGUCAGUGUAGGCACACUCCUGGCGUUCACCAUAGUAGCAGUAUCGAUCUUGAUACUCAGAUAUGUUCCUCCAGAGGAGGUGGUCCCUCUAUCAUCAUCUCGGCAAGAAUCAAUGGGUUUGAACCAAGAAUAUGAUGAGGAAAAGGGUAGGGAUCCACUUGGAGAUGAGAUCUGCGACACAUCUCAAAUAAAGGAUUUGAUUAUGACAGAAGCAAUGAAGGACCCUCUUCUCGAGAAGAAGCAACACAAAGGCACGAUGGAUGAGAUGAAGCGUCGAAAAAUAGCUGCUUUCAGCAUAGGCUCUGUCUGUCUGGGAGUUCUGGUCCUCACUGCUUCAGCUUCUGCCACAUGGCUACCUUUCCUACCGCUUUGCAUUGGUUGCAUUGUUGGUGGUGUGCUCCUUAUACCUGGUCUUGUUGUACUCUGCUGCAUUGACCAAGAUGAUGGCAGACACUCUUUUGGUAAUUCUGGAGGAUUCAUGUGCCCCUUUGUUCCAUUUCUACCUGUUGUAUGCAUCCUCAUAAAUACAUAUCUGUUGAUAAACCUUGGCGGAGAUGCAUGGCUGAGAGUCGGCAUAUGGCUGCUGAUAGGUGUUCUUGUCUACAUAUUCUACGGGCGAACCCGCAGCUCGCUAGUCGAUGUUGCGUAUGUCCCUGUGGCCAAGGCCGAUGUACGCAGGAGUUCAUCUGGUUUCAUGUCGUAGAAAAGAAAGAACCGUCACAUCUUAGAGCUGACAAAACCUUACCGGCCCUCAGCUGCGCAUAGAUGCGUAGUCGGAUAUCAGCCAGCCCGGAAGGGCAUGUUGAAUUGUUGGAGCUUAGUCAACCACAGGGUCUCAUUGAUGCAGUUUUUUGGGGGCGUGCAUGAGAAAGAUCAGCUUACAGACUAGAGUUUGGAUUGGGUAGUCUAGUGUGUGAUUGUUUGUAAUUCAUUCAUUCAUGUAGUAUAAGCAAGCAAGCCCCUUGUACCCGAACGGGUCAAUACUGACUGAAAAGAGAUGAUGGAAUCUUACAGAAAUUGCAACAGAAACCA